UUUACUGGUUACUGAAGGGAAAUAGUUUCCGUGGUAGUCGUUUGAUUAUCGACAUUUGAUCAUUCCAGUUUUUUAACUAUUUAUUUUUCUAAUCAGUGUAAGUUGUGUGGUUAAUUGAUUAUUUUUUAUCUGUUUUACAUGUUCAUCAAAAGGUCAACUCAUGUGAAUGAAAGAUUCGUCAAGUUUGGCACCAUCAUUUGUCCAUAAUUUGACUUCAGACUCUAAACCUCAACCUUUUUUGUAAGCUGUUUUGAAAAAUUAAAUUAUUAUCGUUGAUUAAUCAAAAUGUCUGGCUGCUUGGACAAUUUUCGAAUAAAUAUGCCUGAAUGGAUGGAUAAUCUUGGUGAAAAAAGAAAUGCCAUUGCGUCUAUAGCUGCUGGUUUUUUGUUUUUCACCGGUUGGUGGAUAAUAAUUGAUGUCAAUGCUUGCUUUUCAAGUGAAGAUUUCAACAGCGCUUAUCAUGUUUGUGGCAUAUUUGCUACUAUUUCUCUAUUCAUGAUUAAUGCGGUAUCAAAUAGUCAAAUUAGAGGAGAAUCAUAUGGUACAGGAUUUCUUGGCCAAAGAGCUGCUCGAGUGUGGUUGUUUAUUGGAUUUGUAUUAGGAUUUAGCUCUAUAAUCGCUGCAACCUGGAUUUUAUUCGCUGUUUAUGUCAUUCCAGAUAAAAAAGUAUUGCAUCCUGGCGUCGGUUUAUUUCUUCAAAAUGUUCUGAUUUUUUCUGGAUCACUAGUCUUCAAAUUCGGUCGUGUGGAGGACUAUCUCAAUUAAUCUCAUCUCAAUUAAUCUCAUGUCGUUAAUCUCAUCUCAUUAAUUAAUCCUCAUUUCCCGCUCUGAUAUAACAACUACUUUUCCUUCCUUGAAGCAAACGGUCUGACAAUAAAGCUCUUGUCAACAUCUUUGCUCAAGAAAUCUGAAUGAUCAGCUGAAGAUGAUAAUUUAUUAAAAAAGCACUGAUUGAUCUCAGCGUGUCCAUAAAAUCUACCCUUCUUGCAUUUGGGUGCUAAACACUGUGUUUUGUGUUUUAGCAAUAAUUCAAAAUGUAGAACUCAAUUGAAGUAUCUGUAUUUUUCAGUCAAAUAAAUAACGAUAUUAAGUGAUA